CUCUCUCUCUCACACACACACUCUCUUCACGUCUAUCACCACUCUAUAUCCCAUUCUUUCAUUUCCUUCAAAAUUAAAAAUCCGAAACAAAACCACCGAUACCUGAAUGCGGUUUCGAGAUCACCGCAGAUUUUCAUUCCUUUAGGGUUUGUUUGUUUUUGCCUUUGGCUGGACAAGAAAUGCCGUUGACGAGGUACCAGAUAAGGAACGAGUACAGUUUGGCGGAUCCGGAGCUCUAUAGAGCUGCCGACAAGGAUGAUCCUGAGGCUUUACUUGAAGGAGUCGCCAUGGCUGGCCUCGUUGGUGUUUUGCGCCAGCUCGGUGACCUUGCCGAGUUUGCUGCUGAGAUAUUCCAUGACUUGCAUGAAGAGGUAAUGGCAACCGCUGCAAGAGGCCAUGGUCUAACGGUUCGAGUCCAACAACUUGAAGCGGAGUUCCCUUCCAUUGAGAAGGCAUUUUUAUCACAAACCAAUCAUUCAUUAUUCUUUACCAAUGCAGGUGUUGACUGGCAUCCUAAUCUGCGCACUGAACAUAAUCUGAUCACUCGUGGAGACUUACCUCGCUGUGUGCUGGAUUCUUAUGAGGAAUGCCGGGGGCCUCCACGGUUAUUCCUUUUGGACAAAUUUGAUGUUGCGGGUGCUGGGGCGUGUUUAAAGCGUUACACUGAUCCAUCAUUCUUCAAAGCAGAAUCAGCUUUCCCUGAAAUUGCAGCAGCAGAAGUUCAGAGAGAAAAGAAAUCCCGUAAACUGAAGAAGAAAGGAUCACGCUGGAGGAAUGGAGAGACUCCAGAAAUUGCACUGACAUCACAUGCCAAAUUGCAUCAGCUGUUUUUGGAGGAGCGUAUUGAGAAUGCUUAUAAGGACCCUUCCCGUCUUGUAAAAUUGAAAAGAAGGCAAUUAAAUGAAUCUCCACUUGAGAUAAAAUCUGGGAAAAGCUACAUGGAGAAAUUCCUGGAGAGUCCUUCACCAGAGCAUAAAGCAGUUUACGAGACCUCUGGUACUCCACCUCCUUUGGAAUUGACAUUGGAUAACUCUAGUGAUUCAGGGCUUGAAAUACUUGAAAUUAGUACAGUGAGUCCUGUGAAAAAUACUUCACAAGGAAAGGAAAAUUCAAGUUCUUCACCUGAUGCACAAGAAAUUGUGCUGAAACCAUCUGUUGAGGAGUUGAAUCGAGAAGUCAUUGAUAGAGAGAUUGUGAAGGUGCCUGAACGAACAGCUGAUUUCACAGAUGGAAUUCCCCCUUCCUUUCAUAAAGCAGCAAUUGAAAAGGAUAUAAUAGUCGAUGGAGAAGGCAGAAAAGGAUGCAGCAUAGAUGGGGACCAUUCUGAUGACAUGACCAGUGAGGUUGACAAUUACAUGGAUGCCCUUGCUACCAUGGAGUCUGAAAUGGAUACGGACAAUGAAUACAGACCUAAGAACGAUAUUGGCUUCUUAAAUAUUGGAAAAUAUCGAACUGAUUCUGAUGCAAAUGAGGAAAAGCUUGAGGUCCAAGUCCAUUCAUCAGAUUCUCAAUCAGUUGGGAUCUCUUCUGUAUCUGAUGAUGGAAACAGCUCCUUCAAGAAAGAAAGAUCUAGUUUUUCCUACUCUGAUACUGUAGACAAUCUGGCUGAAGAUAUGCCAUCAGAUGGUGAAAUAGCAGCUAAAGAGUUCCCUUCUAAUAAAAACUGUGCUGCUGAGAUUGUCGAGGCACCAUCCAUCCACCUUCCUGCAUGUUCAGAGAUGCAAUGCUCCAGUUCUGAUGAGGCAUGGCCAUCAAAAGAUACCUCUUUUGGUGAAUGCAAGCUCCCUGAUCUUGGUGAAGAAUCUCAUAGUUCAUGUCUUGAAGAAUUGAAUCCCACACAUGUUUUGUUGGACCCCAAAACAAUUUCAAUGGCAGUUUCUUUGCCGGAACCUGAGGUGCCCUAUGUUGAUGUUAAAACUAAUUCUGAUUUGUCAGAAAUGGAUGGUGGAAAAUAUUUGGCUGAUUCUUCUGAGAAACAGGAUGUUACUUUGAUUACUCUUUCUGCUGAAAGCCAUCAAGUGGAUGAGUUGGACAGUGAGGACACAAAUGUCUCUUCUGAUGCUUUGCCACAUUUAUCAAACAUUUUACAGCUUGCUCCUGAAAAGAGAAGCAGUAAUGAUCCUUUUGAUGAAGUCCUUGAAACAGAUUUUGCUGGAGAAACUUGUGCUGAAAAUUCAGUCAACCAAAUGAUUGGUUCACCAAAUUCUGUUAUUUCAUCAGCAGAGGAGCAGCUUCCUUGUUCAACCUUUGCAGAAGUAGAAAGAAGUUCAGAAGGUUUGGAUGUUAUGCGGCCUGUCAACUUAGUGUCUGAGGUUAAUGAUGCUACUUUAGAAGCUGGUGUCAAGUCAGAAUGUAUGGCUCCUAUGGUGGGUACUUCACAGACUUGUGGCUUUAACGAACAGAAAUGUUCAGAUGGAAUUAAUGAUGAUCCACAACUUGAGGCUGACUCGACAGAGAUAGGAGCUUCAUAUUCUGAACAGAAACAAAAUGCUGACCAACUUUUUGAUGUGGCAGAGGGAGAGGGAACUGGCGAAAUUACCUGCAGGGUGAGCAUGGUGGGAGGAGAUGCUAUCGCUUGUGAUCUUCCAUCUAAUAGUGCUGAUAAUUUGGAUCUCAAUAAUCAUGUAGGCUUAGAUGAUCUGGCAACUGAAACUGUUCAUGCUGAAACUAUGGCGGUCUCUACUGCUGCUUGUGGUUCUGCUGAUCUUGAUGAUGAUGUAGAUAAUACUACUUCUGAGUCUUCAAAUUUGAUUUGUUCUCCAUCUAAAAAUCAAAAGAAUUUGCAAGAGCCUCUUUCUGGUGCUGGAGAUCUAUGUACGGAAGGAUUGGAAUCUGAUGAGGUUAUUUCUCAAGAAUGUCUUGUAGAGUCAGAGGCACAAGAGGAAACAAAUCAAGCAGAGGGCGCUCCAGCAGAUCUAGAAUCCACUUCAUGCAAAUUAGUCUCCUAUGACAAUUCCAAUUUAGAAGAUGAUAUUCAUGAUCCGUCUCUGGCAGAACCAGCCAAAAAUAGUUUGAAUUUCAUUGAUUUAACCACUGUACCAGCUUCUUCAGAGUUGAGUGAUCAAGAGUCAGAAUCGAAAUAUUUGAGUCAUCUGAUAGAAAGUAGGGCAGAUGUGGUGUCUUCACGUACUCGUUGCCUAUCAGAAAAAGAAACUUCUUUCGAACAGUCAUUGGACUUGCAUACUAGUCAGCAUGAUAUGGGAAGCCUGCAAAUGGUUGAAGAUAGUUCAAAUUCAUUAAAUCUCCUGUCCAAUCAGAUAGAGUCUCUGAAUCACAUAAAUCAGGAAAGAUGCUUACAAACUGCUUCUGAACAUUCUGCAGAAGGCUCUUCAAGCCAACCUUCAGUAGAGUUCUCACAGCAAUCAGGUAGGCAGGAUAAGCAAGAAAUGUAUCCAUCAGAUUCUACUCAGCCUGCCGUUGUCUUGCUCCAUGGGGCAACUAAAGUUAGCAUGGAGGAAAUGCCACCAUUGCCACCUCUUCCUCCAAUGCAGUGGAGGAUAGGGAGAGCUCAACAUGCUUCUCCAGCUUCACAAAGAGAAUUGGUUGAACAUGGUCAGGGUUCAUUCUCAAUGAUACCACAAUAUGCCAUUGAGCAGAAAGCUCAAUUUGGUUUAUCAGCGUUAGAGUCCAGAAACCCAUUUUUACCCCUUGUCAAAGGUGAAGAGAGGUAUGGUCAUGUGUCUGAUCAAUUCGCCACGGAUUUCAUGCAACCCAGUCCUUUUCCUAUGGACCCCCCAACUAUGGGUAACAGUGCUAAUAGCCAAUACGAUGGUAUUCAUUUAGAUAGAACACAUCCAAACCCAUUUUUAACAUUACCCAUAAUAUCUAAUGAAAGCCAUGAAUAUGGUUCCGCUGCUAUGGAGGAUGAUAGAGUAGAAUCCAGUUUCUCAUUCUUGUCGAUGCCAGUUACUGAACAUACAACUUCUAGACAUAUUCCUGAAUCUUUGCAUGAGAAAACAACACAUGCUCCAAACCAGUUUGUACUGGAUACAGGUUUAGAAGGUGGGGCAUUUAAGCACCCUAAACAAAAUUCUGAGGGAGAACAUGGGAAUCCUCCUGAUAUAUUUGUGGCCUCAUCAACUAAGAGAGAAGAGCAGAGUCCAACCAAGGUAGCAGAGGAACUUCCUACCAAAGUAGAAGAGCAGUUUCCAACCACAGUAGAGGAGCAGCAUGGUUUGGCAGCUCCAGAGGGAGAAACUUCACAGACAUCAAAUACAACUGUGCAGCAUGAUUUAUCAACUUCAGAGGGAGAAGCAAAUGGAAAUGCAAAUGGGAAUCCAAAUGUUAAGCUUCCACGACCUCGCAAUCCUCUCAUUGAUGCUGUUGCUGCUCAUGACAAAAGCAAGUUGAGAAAGGUAACUGAGCGGGUUCGACCUCCAAUGAUUCCAAAGGUAGAUGAAAGAGAUUCAUUGCUGGAACAGAUACGAACCAAGUCCUUCAACCUGAAGCCUGCAGCGGUGACCAGACCCAGCAUUCAGGGUCCUAAAACCAACUUAAGAGUUGCAGCGAUCUUGGAGAAAGCAAAUGCAAUUCGCCAGGCAUUGGCUGGAAGCGAUGAAGAUGAUGAUGAUGAAGAUGGUUGGAGUGAUUCUUGAAAGAUUGUGAUUACUUCUACAAAUUGGUUAAGCAAUACUAUUAAUUGCUCCAAUCUUAGCGAAUAGGAAAUAUCUUUGGUCUGGUGUAUUCUUUUCCUCAACUCUCUGUUGCUGUAUAAUAUUCUGCUCUUCCCCCCCCGCACGUGUAUCUCACUGAGUCACCAGCACUUGGCCUUGCUCUAUAUUCAGGGAAUCCAAUGUGCGGGUGAAAUGGUUAUACAAGAAGGAGUUUCAUGUGUCAGCGUGCAAGCGCUGCGCCAGUCAAAUGCAGUGUCCUAGUAUCUGAAGAAAUAUUGACAGGUGUAAAUUGUUUUUGACGUGGUAUAAAUUUUGAUAUGUAGCUUUUGCCACUUCUGUGAGCAUACGCUUGUGUUUAUGAUGCUUCUUCCUGUAAAUUGUUUUUCCAAGAGAUCAACGGUGUAUGUGACUUGUGAAGGUGCGGUUCUCAA